AUGUUUUACUUGAGUUUGACUGUGCUCACGAUGAGGUACGUUGGUCAUGAGAACAGCGACAUCUUCUGUGAAAUGCCAUUUCGAAUGAGGAUGAUGUGCUUCGUGUGUACUGUACUGUUGCUGAUAAGCCUGGUCACAGCGAUUGCCAACUCUGUCAACAACAGUAACGUCGAGAGUGUCACUUACUGCCCUAAACAUACCAAGUUUCAUCCCGGUUUACUGUGAGUUAACGCAUUUAUGCUGCAUGAUACUAAGAUAAUACUCAGAGAGUAUUAAGUAGAACUUUCUAUACUGUUCUUCGUUUAAUUCGCUUUUAAAAUGAAAUCAGUACUGUGAGUAACGUAGAGAGACGAUGUGUUACUAAGUCAAUUUGAAAACUGUAAUCGAAUGUUACAGAUGUCCAGAAGAAAGUAUGUUGUACUACUACAAAUGUUGCGGUAGUAAAUGUUGUUCAAACUACAAAACGCUUUUACUGUAAGUCGAGAAAGACACCUAUACCUAUAUACCACAACAUAUAGAGAGAUAUAAAGUUGAUCCAUCUCUCACCUUAAAUAUACUAUAAUAUGUCACCAUUUGAAACCUAAAGUAACAUUUUAGAGUCUCGGUAAUCUCACUGCUGGGCGCAGUAAUGGUUGUAAUGGUUUACAGUGUGAUGUCGAGCAGAGUAAUUGUAAGUAGUGGCAGUGUAAAGAAGGUUUAAUUGCGAAAAGUUACAAUAAAAUGCUUGUCCGCUUCCUCUGUAUCUGCCUCCCUGUCGCUUUCUCGUUGCAAUGUCACCAGUGUAACAGCCGUGUCGAUACAUACGACUAUCGUUACGAAUGUGUUGACCGUGAUGUGUGCUACGGUAAUGUUGGUUAUUAAUGUUUGAAAUGGUCGAAAAUGAGGAUUCACGUGAAAAGCAUACCUUUUUUGGUUAUACAUCCCUUUUAUGAUGUUUUAAAGAGUUCAAUAUAAAGAUAUGUCACGUAAACUAACAUCAUCUACUGUAAUCUGAAGUAAAAACGUAGUUUUAAGCUAAUUUGAUUUUUUUAUGAGCUACUCUAAUAUAUUGGUGCUACCUAUUAUAAUUAUUGUUUCAGGCGACUGGUGUGUCAAACAUUUGA